ACGACAUCCCAAUUGAUUUCGCCGAUCGCUAACCCAUUCUUCCUCUGGAGAGCACUUCCCACACAAUCCACGAAUUGUUGCGAAACUCUCUCCAAACGUAACAAUUAUUUGUGGUCUGGAAAAGUGGCCAAACAUGGCGUCAAAGAUGUAUUAUUGGCCAAAACGGGCUCACAGUUUGACCAGAGUAUGGAAAACACGGCUAAAAUGGUGAUGUCGGCGGGUUUGCUGAGCCUAGAAAGCCGUAAUGACGACCAGUCUUAUGAGAAACCACAGGACCACUGGUUUGAGCAGAGGUUGGAUCACUUUAAUAAAACCGAUGACAGAACUUUUAAACAGCUCUAUUAUGUAUAUAACGAUACCCAUUACAAACCGGGUGGACCAGUAUUUCUAUUUCUAUCUGGUGAGUUUCCAAUGGACGAGCCCUAUACUAAUCCCGAUCGCUAUUGGUUGGAAAUGGCCAAAAAGUACAACGCAUUGGCCAUAAUGUUAGAGCACCGGUAUUACGGCCGGUCUGUGCCCACAAAAGACCUGUCCAUUGAAAACUUGAAAUAUUUAACCCUUGAAUUGGCGCUCAAAGACGCGGAACAGUUUAUACUGAGAAUGACCAAAAAGUUGUCAAUUGAAGGCAGCAAAUGGGUUGUGUGGGGUCUGUCCUAUUCGGGCAAACUUGCCGUUUGGUUUAGGGAGAAGUACCCCAACAUAACUGUCGGUGCCGUGUCUUCGAGCGCACCCGUCGGGUCUACGACCAACUGUACCGGUUUUUUACAAGUGGCCGCCGAAGCGCUGGGAAAGGAGUGUUCAGAUAAUAUAAGGAAAGCCAACUACGAAAUGGAGGACCUCCUGAAAACACCGGAAGGAGUCGUAAAAUUGCGUAAAACAUUGAAUUUGUGCGAUUCGUUUGACGGCAAAAAUAUCGAUGACAUCCGGUAUUUGGCGCAAACGUUAGCCAUGAAUAUCGGCGGAUCUGCUCAAUACAAUGUGACUAUCGAUCACAUCGUUAAGACAAUGAACGACCCCUCAGGCGGUACACCAUUGCAAAGAGUAAUUCAUGACGAUUAUGUCAAAGUAUUACAAAAUACAACUAUUGAUCCCAACCAAUGGGUGAGACAAUGGAUAUAUCAGUUGUGCACUUCAACCGCCGACUUUGUGACCAGUGAACUCCCGAACAGCCCAUUUGGGCACAACAUUCCCGUAGAGUUUUGGACUAAACAAUGCACUCAAGUAUACGGACCACAAAUCAAUGCCCAAACUAUACAAAAAGCGGUCGACCGGACAGUCGCCACAUAUGGGGGCAAACGGCCGAACAUAACAAACGUUGUGCUCACAAACGGCUCACUCGACCCCUGGAAGGCCAGCGGUAUUCUCGAAGACCUAAACAAUAGCACAAAAACAGCGCUCAUUGAGGGCGGCGCUCAUGUCUCCGACUUCUGGGGCUCAAAACCUACGGACAGUCAGAGUUUGAAAAACGCCCGCAAAUUAAUUGAACAACAAAUCGGAGAAUAUUUAAAAUAAAAUAUUUAAUUAAUUUAUUAA